AGCAGAACUAUUUUUUUUUUUUUUUUUGGCCUUAGAUGAUGUUUAUAAACGCAAAGGUUUUGCGGUAUUUGGAACGGAUUACAGAUUACGAGCGAGGCAGGAAAUAUCUGUUUGCACCCCGCGCGCAGCGAGCGAGGCCGGAAAUAUCAGGGCCUGCUACGUGGCGUGAAUUGGUUAAGCUAUUUUACUCACAAAUGUUUCACAUUUGAAAAUAAUUGAUAAAAUAUUUACUCAUUCACUAAAAAAAAUAUGGCGGACUAAUCGAUUGCAUAAUUUCCAAAGGUUAGACCGACAUCAAAUUAACUCUACAAAUGAAACCAAACCAUGGUCAUAAUAAUACUAAAGUGACAGGGUACUGCAAUUAAAUACAGUUAAUUUGCCUUUGUUUUACAGUACAAUAUGAUAUACAAUAUGGUAUUCUUUAAGUUUACUUUACUUUUACUUUAUUUCUUACUAGAAAGGACUUUUGUUUACUACUUCUUUAUUCCAUGUUAGAAAUUUGCCCCUAAUUGAUUAAAAAAAGUAUUUAAGAUAUUGUCAUUAUCAAAAUUAUCAACUUUUUACAAUCAUUUAUUGGUAAUCGUUCUUCUCAUGUAAGAAAUCAAAGUCUCUUUUAGCAUCCCAAUUGUUAUAUAUGCUAAUUUAGUAUAAGAUAGCAAUUAUCGCUAAUGUCUUUUUGUGCAUUUCAUGUUCGUUGUAGCUGCAUUAUUAUAUUGUGGUAGUGGCAGAUUUUAAGUAUUGUAUUAAAUGUGUGCAUUUAUUAUGUGUAGAAGUGAUUUUGAAAUGAUUGCUAGUAAUAAAUUUUGUUACGAUGCAAACAAAAGCAAAGUUCUGUCAAAUAAUUUGAGGUUAAUGAUGUUUUGAAGAGUGUCGACUCGAGUACCUAAGUGUGCCAAAUGUGUGUUGACUCGCAAAAGCCACAACAAACCUUCACAGCUGAGAAUUUAAGUUUUCACAUUUAGCAAUUCAGUUUCAUUAUUAAUCAAGUGGUACAAAUGAAGUCAACUUUUCAAAGGGCACAUUUUUGGGAAACUUAUUUACUGAAAAUUGUUCUUUGUUGUUUUUUUAGCCAUAUCAAUUGAAGGUGCUCAGUGGGCGUGCCCUUCAAACGCAAAUGCAUGAAUCUAAGUGUAUGUAUAGCGCCCUCCAUAGUUCAAGAUAGUGCAUACACAAAUAUGGCUGCGCCCAUGGAAUCUUUUUUCAGCUGCCUUGGAAAAGGUCCAAUUCAGACAUCGUGUAUUCAGCUGUUUAGCAGAAAAUUCAGCCGAAAUGUUAUGAAAAAGCAGCGAGCUGGGACGAGCCCCGAGACAAACACAGGGAAAGGACUUCCUAAGAAAUGGCCCAUCCCUGGCGUCAAGCAAGUCGUCCUGGUUGCCUCCGGGAAGGGAGGAGUUGGCAAAUCUACCACAGCAGUAAAUCUUGCCUUGGGUAUCGGAGCUGUGAAAAAGUCAGCAGUUGUUGGUCUUCUUGAUGCUGAUGUUUAUGGACCUUCCAUUCCACGGAUGAUGAACCUCAGUGGCCAGGAACCAGAACUCACUAAAAAUAACUUGAUGAAGCCCCUCCAAAACUUUGGCAUAUCAUGCAUGUCCAUGGGCUUCCUUACUGACGAGAAAUCCCCCAUAGUGUGGAGGGGUCUGAUGGUCAUGUCUGCCAUACAGAGACUCAUACGACAGGUAGCUUGGGGUCCCCUAGACUACUUGAUAGUGGACAUGCCCCCUGGCACCGGAGAUGCACAGCUAUCUAUGUCCCAGCUCAUUCCAAUAUCAGGCGCUGUGAUUGUCUCCACUCCUCAAGACAUAGCAUUGCUGGAUGCCAGAAAGGGGGCGGAGAUGUUUAGAAAAGUGGGUGUACCUGUUUUGGGUCUGGUGCAGAACAUGAGUGUCUUCCACUGCCCCAACUGCGGACACCAGAGUCAUAUAUUUGGCCAGGACGGGGCACAAGCUGUGGCCAAGGAAAUGGGACUUGAAAUAUUAGGUGAUAUUCCACUACAUAUCGGUAUCAGGGAGACGUCGGACGAGGGUCGUCCCAUCGUGGUGUCUUCCCCUGGGAGUCCUCAGGCAGCAGCCUACAGACAGCUUGCACAGAGCGUCCUGGACAGGUUACCUAGAUAUGAAGAUCCACUCGCACCCAGUUGACAUCACCAAACCAUCCAAAUAACUUGCCUAAAGUGCCAUUGGAAGCUGCUGAAGACACUUUCCGUAGACAUGGGUGUGUGUGGAAUUGACUCUGUGCGCUAGUAGAUGGCGCUUUUUGACAACUUUCGAGAACCCAGUUGGAGGGACACACCUCGUGUGAACAUGUAUGGCGCCAACUACGCGUCACUAAUUUCAUUCUGAAUGUGCACAAACCCUUACCAUCUCUGUGUGAGUGUCAGGCGAUGUCAGCAAUGCGUUUGAAUGUCCCUCCUAGUGGUCUCAGCCAACUCUCCCUUUGUGACCAUUGAGGGGCAAGGGCGGAUCCAGAACACA